AUGCUAGUGGACUACUAUACUGAGCUCUUCACUUCAUCAAAUCCUAUGGACUUCUCGGAGAUCACUGAGGCAAUACAACCGAAAGUCUCCCAGGAAAUGAACUCUAGGCUACUCAGGGAAUUCCAACCGGGGGAAGUAUUCCAAGCCUUGAAGCAAACGUACCCUCUGAAAGCUCCUGGACCCGACGGUAUGCCUCCCCUCUUUUUUCAGCAUUUUUGGCCUACUGUGGGCGAUGUGGUUUCUAAAUCUGUGCUUGACUUUCUUAACUCUGGCAUUAUACCCCCAAAUUUCAAUGCUACUCACAUUGUUUUAGUCCCUAAAAAUAAAAGUCCUAAGAGAGUUUCAGAUUAUAGACCUAUAAGUCUAUGUAAUGUAAUCUACAAACUAGCUUCUAAAACAUUGGCUAAUAGACUGAAGAAAAUCUUACCUUCUAUCAUCAGUGACUCACAAAGUGCCUUUGUUAAUGGUAGAUUGAUUACUGACAAUGUUUUAGUAGCAUUUGAAUGUAUGCAUCAUAUUAGCCAGAGAAAAACAGGGUCCACUGGUGAGAUGGCGAUUAAGCUCGACAUGAGCAAAGCGUUUGAUAGAGUGGAAUGGGCUUGUCUUGAUAAGAUCAUGGAGAAGCUGGGUUUCCACCAAAGGUGGAGGGCUUUAGUGAUGCAAUGUGUUUCCUCGGUCACCUAUUCCGUUCGAUUAAACGGUAAACCAAGGGGUCAUAUAGUUCCUACAAGGGGUCUGCUCCAGGGGGAUCCACUCUCCCCCUAUCUCUUCUUGUUGUGUGCUGAGGGCCUUUUGGCCUUGAUCAAAGGUGCUGUGUCCAAAGGUAGUGUAAAGGGUUUUGCGGUGUGUAGAAGAGGCCCUAGCAUUUCUCAUCUGUUUUUCGCAGACGAUAGUAUUAUUUUCUGCAAAGCAUCGUUGGGGGAUUGUGAUGCUCUUCACCGUAUUCUUGCGGUGUAUGAGUUGGCUUCUGGGCAACAACUGAAUAGGGCCAAAACAUCUUUGUUCUUUAGCCCCAACACGAAACCUGAAAUCAAAAAUGAAAUUCAAGCUAGAUUUGGGGCUCAGGUGGGUAAUGGAAAGAGUAUUCACAUAUGGCAAGAUAGGUGGUUACCCACUCCUUCCCAGUACAAAGUGAUUUCCCCUCCCUUUCUGUUACAUCCUGCUGCUCGGGUUGAGGAGCUGAUUGAUCCUGUGACUAGGGAAUGGAAAAUGGAGCUUAUCCAUAGGAUUUUCCUCCCUCAUGAAGCAGAUAUCAUUGGGGGUAUUGUUUUAAGCUCUAAUCUCCCUAAGGAUAUGCAGAUUUGGGCAGCUACCACAAAUGGUAGGUUCAAUGUUAGGAGUGCAUAUUGGCUGGCUAUGGAACCAACUCUAGGGAAUGGUGCUUCCUCGACCUCGGAUAACAGCAAUAUGAGGAAGUUUUGGAAGUACCUUUGGAGUAUCAACAUUCCCCACAAGGUUAAACAUUUCGCCUGGCGCGCAUGCAAGGAAAUUCUUCCCACCAAAGAAAACUUGAAGAGAAGGAAAGUAAUUGAGAAUAGCGAUUGUGAUAACUGCUUGUCUCAUGAGGAGUCCACGGGCCACCUCUUUUGGAGUUGUAGCCAGUCCCAAGAAAUUUGGGCUAUUUCGAAACUCUUCCCCAAAAUCUAUGAUUGGCCUGUAUUAUCCUUUUUGGACUUACUGUGGUUCAUUGUUGUGGUUGAACAAUGGGAUCAGUAUCGAGUGGAGAAGGAGUAUCAAGCCUGCUGCAUGAAGGUGGAAGAGCACAGACCAAGCUUGGUUGUGAAUUGGACCCCUCCACCCCCUCAGCAUUACAAAAUAAAUGUUGACGGUGCGGUUUUUGGGGCUCAAAAAGCUGCUGGGAUUGGAAUUCUGGUCCGUGAUGCAGAGGGCAGAGUAAUUGGAGCUUGUAGUAAAAAAAUUAAGGCUCCUCUUGGAGCUGUGGAGGUGGAAGCCAAAGCUUUGGAGGUUGGCGUUCAGUUUGCAAAAGACUUACUUAUCCAUGACAUUCUCCUUGAAAGUGAUUCACUGAACUUGAUCAAUGCUUUAAAGGAAUUGGCCCCUCCCCCUGCUUCUGUUGCUGCUGUAUUGUAUGGUGUCCUUGCAUCCCUUCAUGAUUUUUGUAGUGUGGAGUUGUCUCAUGUCUGCAGGCUUGGCAAUAGGCCAGCCCACCUACUAGCAAAGCAUGCCUUAGGCAUUGCAGAUUUUUCUACUUGGAUAGAGGAGAACCCUUGUUUUAUUGAACAAGCUCUUCUAUAUGAUGUUCUUGUUCCCCAUCUUUGA